UAACAAAAAUAUGUCUAAGUAACCUAAAUAAGUAAACUCAUCAUAUCAUUCAUAGAAUUCAUACAAUUUAUUUAAUAAACAAAACAAUUUACAAACACCAAUAACGCAAACACCUAGAAUUGAAGAUGGAUCAAAAACUUAAAAACCCCUCCAAAAUUUAUCAAAUGUUCCAACUCGUACAUAAGAAGAUUAAGUAAAAAGAACUCAACCAAGAUCCCCCAUUAGAUAAACUUUUGAGAAGAAAACAUUGGAAAAUAAAUCUUGCAUAUAAAAUUAAGAUGAGAAACCAAUACCAAAAAUUCUUUAAAGAGGAAAGUCUCCAUAAUCAAAUUAAGUUGGCAGGAAUAUUUAAAGUGCUAAUUAGUAAGGUUAUUAACUUGAAAAAUAACCCACUUAAUUAAAAUAACAAACUUAAUUUAAAUAAAAUGAACUUAUACCUACCAGUUAAAUAAAUGUUGUAAAAUGUGAAUAGAAUAGAUAAUAGGUUGGUGUUUAAUAAAAAUAAUAAACAAAGCUUUAAAUUUAAUAUAAUUAACCAAAAUCUGAAAAUAAUCAAUAAUAAUAAUAAUUAAGACCGAAGACAGCAACAACAACAUCUUAAUUAUAAUUAAAAGCGACUGUUUAAUAAGAUUAAGUGAAACACACUUAAUAGGAUUAAUAAUUGCGAGGUCAAUAAUAAGGAAAGCAAUAGUUGGUUUAGAAUAAAAAAUAGGAAUAAGCACAAAAAACAAGAUAAUAGUAACCUUUAAAAGGAGAAUAAGUAGUAGAGGAGAAACUUUAUAAAUGUACAGAGGGAUGUGGUAGAUCUUUUAAUGCAAAGGCUUUAGAGAAGCAUUCAAAGGUAAAUAAUGAAUAAGGAUUAAAUAUAGGUUUGUAAGAAAGUGUUCUAAUAGAAGAGGAAAGUGUUUAAUUCACAAAAGUAAAGAUAAAUAGAAUAAGAGGAAAGUGGAUAAGGGAAGAGUGUAGGAAUGAAGAAACAAAUACAAAAGUAGGGGUUAAAAUAAUAAGUGUAGAAGUAGUAAUAAGUGAAAAAUGAGAAACCUAAAUGGAAAGCUUAGAGUGAAGCAUUUAGGGCUAUAAUAAGAUAGGCAAAAGGUUAGAAAUUGACGAAGGAGGAGUAGGUUUAAUUGAAUGGUGCAAUGGAAAGUGCUUAAGAAUUGGUGUAGUGCAAGUUUUGUAAUAGAAAGUUUAAUGUGGAAGCAGCUAAGAAGCAUAUAGUAUUUUGUGAGACAAAAUCAAAAUAGUGUGGAAAGAGUGGGAUGUAAAAGAAAAAGAAAUGAUUAUUUU